UUUGUCAUGUUGCCUUCAGGACUGUCAGAGAAAGUGGGUGAAACACCUGUGCGGCUCUUUUAACCUGUGGGGGGGUAAAUAAAACAGCUGAUUGAACUGGGAGGUCAAAUAACAGUAAUAAGUUAAAGUCCUAAAGGUCAGAGUGUAGAACAUGUGGUCCGACUCCAGUUCAGUUACACACACGAGUUUUCUAAUGUCCGAGUGUCCCUGAAUGCCUCUUGAGCUCCCUUGGCCCCGUCAGUCUAUCCGUAAACAGCUUAAGGUCUAGUCCAGACCAGAAGCCGGACCCGGAUCCUGACGGAUGCCAUGUCAGGACCAGGACCAGGACCAGGACCAGGACCAGGACCCGAGGCUUCUUUGAAGGUCCGUAUUGUGUUUGAGACGCUCGGAAAAUCCAGCUCCAGCAGAGGUUUCACCUGAACAGGAGGAGGAAACAGCUGGAGGGUCUGAGUGACAGCCGGUCUGUUCUGGUCCGUCCUGGUCCGGGUCUCUGUGGUCAGGCCUGGACUGGGGCUCUACAGCCUUUUGUGGAAGCUCCGAACAGAGUUUGUGCAAAACUGUGGAGUUUUUUCAGCGGUGAGAGGAUUCAGCAAAGUGGAAGAAGUGUAGAAGAAGCAGAAGGUCCAGUUGUCCAGUCCCCAGGUCCACUCUUCAGAUACCAUGUCCACGUUGGAGGACACAGAUGUCUCCACCCUGGGCUCGGAGCUGCCGGCCAUAUUUGACGGGGUGAAGCUGGCGGCGGUGGCGGCGGUUCUGUACGUCAUCGUGCGCUGUCUGAACCUGACCAGUCCCACCGCUCCUCCGGACCUGACCCACCAGGACACGGACCUGAGCCGCUACCUGCUGAAGACCUGCCCCCUACUGACCAAAGAGUACAUUCCUCCUCUGCUCUGGGGUAAAAGUGGUCACCUCCAGACUCUUCUUUAUGGUCAGAUGGGUCGGGUCAGUACGCCGACCCCCCGUGGACACCGAAAACUGCUCCCGAUGCUGGACGGGGCGGUGGUGACCUUUGACCUGUUUGAGCCCCUAGGAGACCACAGUACAGGAGAUGACAUCACCAUGGUGAUCUGCCCUGGGAUCUGUAACCACAGUGAGCAGAACUACAUUCGGACCUUUGUGGAUUAUUCUCAGAGACAGGGAUACCGCUGUGCAGUCCUGAACCACCUGGGAGCCCUGCCCGACCUGGAGCUGACGGCCCCACGCAUGUUCACUAUAGGGUGCACGUGGGAGUUUGCGUCCAUGGUUUCGUCCAUCAGACGUCUCUACCCUCAGACGCUGCUGGUGGGCGUCGGCUUCAGUUUGGGCGGGAACAUCGUCUGUAAAUACAUGGGUGAGAAUCCGUCCAAUCAGGAGCGAGUGCUGUGCUGCGUCAGCGUCUGUCAGGGCUACAACGCCCUCAGGGCCCAGGAGACCUUCCUCCAGUGGGACCAGGGGCGCAGACUCUACAACUUCUUAUUGGCCGGAAGAUUAAAGAAACUCAUCCUGUCUCACAGGAACUCUCUGCUGGGUCGUGUGACCGACUCGGACCUGAACCGCCUGUGUGCAGCCACGUCUCUGAUGCAGAUCGACGACUCCGUUAUCAGGAAGUUCCACGGCUACAGCAGCCUGAAGGAGUACUAUGAGACGGAGAGCUGUGUUCAGUACAUGCACAACGUGUCGGUUCCUCUGCUGUUGGUCAACUCUUCAGACGACCCCCUGGUUCAUCAGUCUCUGCUCAACAUCCCACAGACACUGGCAGAGAAGAGCCCCAGCGUCCUGUUCGUGCUGACCCGUCAUGGCGGACACCUGGGCUUCUUUGAAGGCGACGUCCUGUUUCCUGAACCGCUCACCUGGAUGGACAAGGUCAUAGUGGAGUACACCGACGCCAUCUGCCACUGGGACAAGACCAGGACCGGGACCAGGACUGGGACCGGGACUGGGACCGGGACCAAGAGAAAAACCAGGAAGACGAUGUGAGGAGGGCGGGGUCAGGGUCUGGAUAAGUCCUGAUCAGACCUGAUUCCAGAGUCAUGUGACCAUGUGUGGAUCAGGUGACCGUGCACUUUAACCUUUGACCUCAUGAACCUUCUGUUAUUCCUGAGUUUGAACAGACUGUUCAGAAUCCACUGUUGAUAUUACAUUAUUUUAACAAAUACAUGUUUGUCCCUUCAAAUCAAACGGGUUCAUGUCUGAUUCACUUCUGUUUUCAGGUUUUAUUUGUGUCCUAGUUUUUCUGAAUGUCUUCAAAUGCAUCAUGUGUUGAUUAAUGGUUACGGUUUUAUUUGUGCUUCCUGUUUUUAUUCUGUAAUCUAUGACUGCGUGGAAACAUGAACUAAUGUUGUGUUGAGCUGAAGUUUCAUGUCUGUCAGUCAGGAGUAAAACCAGCAGCAUUCACAUAAUAAUAAUAAUAAUAAUAAUAAUAAUAAGUGUAUUUCUGUCCUUGAAGCUGAGUUUCAUGUUUAAGUGCCUUUGGAAAAUAAAAUAACUCUUUACAA